CAAAACAUGUCUGCCGAAAUUUUCUGCAUACCUGCGGCCCCUGCUUGAAGGUGAAAAUAUGCAGUCGAAGACACGACAACGCAUGACAGCACAAAUGAGGGACGACGUCAUUGCCUUUAUAGACGAGAACCACUUAAUUGAAAGCAACAACACUGCAAUCCGAAGGUGGGAGUAUCGAGCAUUUUGUGAGGCACUUAAUGAAGCAUAUCCAAAUAUGCAAUGGGAAACGGAACGAGCCAGGAAGGUUCAGAAACUUGACUGUGAACUUGGCUGGAGCACUUUCAUGCGGUCAGUAAGCACAACGAGAAAGACGAGGAAGCUACGGAUGAAAAAACGACAAGAGUUGUCUUCAGUGAGUGCGGACAAUGGUCCUGACAGGCCUGCAAUAUCAAGUGCUGAUGCAGAGUGCGAGCUCAAGACAAUCAGGGACGCCAUUUCACACCCAGCAAAUUUGGAUGUCAGCAGAAUAAAAGUCUUGCUGGAGGCAACGCUGGAAGCUCGGCGGAAAAGCCCGGAGAAUGAACUUCCUGUGUACUUUCUAAACCCAGACGUGCUUGCACUUGAGGCCGAACUGAGAUUUGAAGCUUCGUUUGAAGACAUGCUAGCCAAGCUUCAACAUGUUCGAAAGAAGCUGGGUCGAACAAGCUUCAUCGAGAUUGACGAGUACCUUCGGCCAAAAAAAGCUGAAUUUUCCCUGAUCUCAUUGCCGGUGCCACCAGAGAGGCGGAUGCGCGGAGACCCGAGCCAUCGGCUGGUGAUGCAUGGAACCCAGUAG